AUGUCUCAACGCACGCCCAAGCCCAAGGCCCAGCCGCCCAACCCCGAAUUCAAAGCCAUUCAGAAGCAAUGGGCCAAAGCGAAGCGAGAGGCCGACAAGAACAAGGCCCAGGCCGUUGGCGCCAGUGGUCAAGCCACGCGAGACGAGCAGAAGCGCCUCGACAAGCUCGAGGAGCAGCAGGGCAAGAUUGACACCGCACGGAAGCGCGGCUUCGAGCGCAAAUGGAACUGGACCUUUGCUUUCUGGACUUGGGUCCUGGCUAUCCACGCCCUUGCCAUCUACCUCUUCACCAGCGGCUUUCUGUUGACCCGACUGAUGCUCCCCGACAUCUCCAAAUGCGACGCCCCUCCAAUCGCCGACAGCGCUUCGCACAAGGCCCCUCUGAACGUCGACCAGGGCUGCUGGCAUCCCAAGACCUUCGACCGCGCCGUGGUAGUUCUCAUUGAUGCGCUGCGAUACGACUUUACCGUGCCCUUCGCCGAAGACCAAGCUCACGCUUUCCACAACGCUUUCCCGUUCCUCUACGAAUCAUCCGUGCAGAGUCCUAGCAAUGCUUUCCUCCGUCCCUUCAUCGCCGACCCUCCGACGACUACCUUGCAGCGCAUCAAGGGCCUCACGACUGGCACGCUUCCCACCUUUAUGGAUGCCGGGAGCAACUUUGCUGGUACGGCCAUCGACGAAGACAAUCUUCUCAUGCAGCUCCGAGACGCCGGCAAGAAGAUCGCACACCUGGGCGACGAUACUUGGUGGGCGCUGUUCCCUGAAUACUUUGAGGCGAACAUCAGCAAGGCCUAUGAUAGCUUCAACGUUUGGGAUCUUCAUACGGUUGACAAUGGUGUCAUCGACAACAUCUUCCCUCUCAUUGAGUCCAGUCGCAAGCAAAAGGACCAAUGGGACCUGCUCAUCGGACACUGUCUUGGAGUCGAUCACGCAGGGCACCGCUAUGGACCGGACCACGCUGCCAUGACCAGCAAGUUGAAGCAGAUGGACGAGUUUGUGCGCAAGCUUGCUGCUUCCAUCGAUGACGAUACUCUGCUGGUGGUCAUGGGUGAUCAUGGAAUGGAUAGCAAGGGAGACCAUGGCGGCGAGAGCGAUGACGAGGUCGAGGCUGCCCUUUGGAUGUACUCUAAGCGCCCAGUCUUUGGCCGCACCGAUCCUGCGUUCGGGAUUCCUCCCGGGACGGCCAAGAGCCACCGGGUGAACCAGAUCGAUCUUGUUCCUACUCUUUCUCUCCUCCUCGGCGUCCCCAUUCCCUACAACAACCUAGGACGGCCCAUCGAGGAGGCCUUUAUUGGGCCAAAGAACAACAACUGGAAGAGUCUAGCUGCCGCCUCGCGGGUGGCCGCUGCGGGUAUCGAACGAUACCAAGCCUCCUACUUCGAGGCCCGAGGCAUGACCCAGAGUACUGAGGAGGAUUCUCCCUCUCAGCUUUGGCAACGGGCUCUGGCUCUCGCCUCGGGCAGUCGGGAGGAAUACAAUGCGUUCACGGUAUUCCAGGAGGAGACUCUUCAGGUGUGCAAGGGACUCUGGGCUCGAUUCGACGUCAAGCGCAUGAUUGCCGGAGUAGUUGUUGCAGCUAUCGGUGUAGUUGUGCUCCUCAUGUACUCAUCCCGCGACCCGCAUGAAGACUACGCCGUGACCAACGAUAUCGAGCUUGAUUUUGCCGAGAAGCAGCUGGAGCUUCUUGGUGUCAAGAGUGAGGAGGAUCUCGAUACAUCCGGUGACCCUGAGUUCCACCGCGACUUAGUGUCCGGUGUCUGGGACCUUCGUGUCAUACUUGCACUGGUGAUCUCCUUCGGCGUUGCCUUUGUUCGAAAGGAACCAAUGGAGGCCCUGGUUUCAGGAGGAACAACUACGCUGCUCAUAGCCCUUGUUGUCUCGGUAUUCCAUAUGACCAAAACACUGCACCAGGUCGGCAAGACUUUGCUCAACAUCGUGCCAGACAACAUCUGGGGCUGGCUGGCAUUUGUGUUUACUCUGGGCCAAUCCAUCGGCUUUGCCUCGAACUCAUUCACAGUCUGGGAAGACUCCAUUCUUCUCUUCUUUAUUACCACUUUCGGCGUUGUGAGUGUCGUGAAAUCAUUCCGGCUCGAAUCAACAGUCGACCGAACUCUCGCUAUAUACCACUCGAUUUCCUUUAUAAUCCUAAGCAGACUUGCCUCCUUUUCCAAGCUGUGCCGCGAGGAGCAGAUGCCUUUCUGCACAUCCACAUACUACGCCUCUACGACAUCCUCCACAUCUGCUCCUUGGCAGCUUGCCAUUCCCGUCAUCGUCAGCCUGGCGCUACCAAGCAUCGUCAAGUCUUUCAUCACCCCCAGCAAAUCAUGGGCUGGACUUAUGCCCACCUGGGUUACCGGAGUUUUCCGGUUCGGCCUGUUCACCGCAGCCGCCUACUGGAUCAUCGAUGCUGCUGACAAUGGAGAGUGGCUCGCUGGCCGUGUUUCAUCCGAGAUUCUCAAGUCCUUCGGCAGAUACGUCGCACAGCUCGGACUCGCCGUUAGCUUCAUCGCCGGCUCUACAGCCUUUAUCUGGGCACCUCCCUGUGUAGAGGUCGUCUCAACCGCCCCGCAAGUCCCUGGCUCUAAGCAGCCCCAAGCCCGCGUCACCAUCCUCGGCUAUGGCAAUGCACACGGCGCUCGAUACCUGAUCCUCAUCCUCAACCUCGUUGUUGGGAUCUCCGUCGUAACAAAGCCCAUGGGCAUCGGCUCUCUGGGCCUCAUGCUGUGGCAGAUCCUCGCCCUCGCCGAGAUCGUGGACCGCCUGGGCAUAAAGUCACAGGCCAUCGGCCCCGUCAUGCUCGCCAUGCUCGGCAACUUCUACUACUUCCGCACCGGCCACCAGGCCACCCUCGCGAGCCUCCAGUGGGACGCCGCCUUCAUCCCCCUCGAGACGAUCCGCUACCCCUGGACCCCGCUCAUCGUGGCCCUCAACACCUUCGGCCCGCAAAUCAUCGCCGCCGCCAGCGUGCCCCUCGUCACCAGCCUGUGGGGGGUCGGCCCCAAGCAAAAGGGCGUCCUGGACUCCGUCUCGAGGGGGCUGGGCGCCUUCGUCGCCUACUACGCCGUCGAGGCCCUCGCCUCCAUGGCCUUUGCCGGCUGGCUGAGGCGUCACCUCAUGCUGUACCGUGUGUUCAACCCCAGGUUCAUGAUGGGCGCCGUGCUCCUCCUGGUCGUUGACGUGCUGGGCAUCUGGGUUGCCCUGCUGGGUGUGCGAGGCAACACCUUGUCCGUCGGUGAAGUGUUUGGCUUCGCCGACUGA